UGCCGGCCACUACCUACGCCAGCUGUGCCCACUCAUCAUGGAGAAGGUCCUCGUCCUCCUACUCCUUGCCCUCGCGGUAGCCUAUGCGGUCCCCGACCCCCGGGGAAUCAUUAUCAACCUGGAAGAGGGCGAACUCUGCCUGAACAGUGCCCAGUGCCGGAGCAAGUGCUGCCACCGCGAUACCGGCCUGAGCCUGGCCCGCUGCGCACCCAAGGCCAGAGAGAGCAGCGAGUGCUCCGCCUUUACCCUCUAUGGGGUUUACUACAAGUGUCCCUGUGAGCGCGGUCUGACCUGUGAGGUGGACAAGACCAUCGUGGGCUCCAUCACCAACACCAACUUUGGCGUCUGCCUCGAUGCUAGCCGCUCCAGAAAGUGA